CUCGCCGGUGCACCCAGCAUCCUCACAUCAGCCCAUUCCUCUAGCAUCAGGCUAAGAUGUGUGAACAGAGAGGUAAAAACAAGCAAAACGCAACGUUACGAGCGAUGCAAUGCGAUCAAUGUGUGUUUUCCAUUAUCUGCCUUAUCUCAUCAUAUUGGGGUUUCUACUGGGCCUCGAGGCUCGUGAUGAGCAUCUUUGAAUGGGUUAAACGCGUCGCUGCCACGUGACUGGAACGUGACACGGAAAUUCGGAGGAGCGUUUACGACCGCGUGAAGCCUGAGCUCUGUGCGUCCCACUGUGGGGUCUAAGUAAAUAACGAGUUCUACGCUUAGGUGCGCAUUCCCAGACCUUCCCCAAUCUUUGUUGUUGAUUAUCAUGGCACCCAUUUCAACACAAUGGACGCGGCUCAUUCGAUUUGUCGCUGCAGAGACCGCACAAAUCCACAUCGGACAACCGGUUGACCCCAGACUUGAUGUUGGCCUUGCCGCAUGGAACAAACAGACCAUCAGAGCUUAUGAGCUCUCUGGGUCUGCCUUUGACCCUGCCUCUCACGUUACCAGCACUAUCUUGACAGUCGAGAAGCUUCUCUCUCCUCUCUCUCGCGAAGAGAUGAAGGUCGUUCGGUGCUUGGGUCUCAACUACUCAGACCACGCAGCAGAGACAAAAAUGGCUAAGCCUGCCGCCCCCAUCUUGUUUUACAAGCCCCUGGCGUCGAUGAUCGGUCCCAAUGCACCAAUCUUCAUUCCCAAGGUUGCUCAGCCUGUCGAAGAGCACCUCUCCGACUACGAAGUAGAACUUACCAUCGUCAUCGGAAAGGCGGCCAAGAAUGUCUCCGAGGCAGACGCUCUCGACUACGUCCUCGGGUACACUGGUGCCAAUGAUGUGUCAUUCCGCAAGCACCAACUGACAACUUCCCAGUGGGGAUUCUCCAAAGGGUUCGAUAACACAACUCCCCUCGGUCCUGUUCUUGUGUCGCACAACGCCAUUCCCAACCCCCAGGAAAUCCCGCUAACUUGCACGCUUAACGGCCAAGUCCUCCAGGACGGUAACACCAACGACCAAAUCUUCAAUGUUCGUCAAACGGUCUCUUUCCUCUCGCAGGGAACCACCCUCGAGCCUGGGUCGGUUAUCUUGACUGGAACACCCAAGGGUGUUGGUUUCGCGAGGAAGCCCGCCAUUGUACUCAAGAACGGCGAUGACUGCAGGGUAUGGUUGGGUCACGGCAUUGGCACACUCAUCAACCCUGUCAUUGAGGAGGGCCAUCAUCAGGCGAAGUUGUGAAUUUGUAGUCACAUGUAUACAGUCUUGUUUAUAUGCAUGCUUUAUUCUUGUGAAUUGACGACAUCAGGUAACAGAUAUGAUACAUAGGUUUGUUGUGUACAAAAGUGUGUUAUUUCAGAGCCCGCCAAAAGUGAUGAGCUUCUGAUUCAAGUACUCCGUGAUACCGUGGCCUCCCUCCCGAC